AUGAGCGCUUUCCCUAAUAGUCUUCGAAGAGGUAAUAUACAAUCAAAGUCAAUAUGGUCACAUCAUAUCACGUAUACCGAACCAACUUUUAUUAAAGAAAAAAUUUUUGCUUACCAUUGUGAUGACACUAUUACAUUUUUUGAUCUUGCAACUAAACAACAAACAUUUUAUUAUGCAUUCGGAGGUGAUUCAGGUGAUGGAGUAUCAUGUAUAACUGGUCAUAAUAAUUAUUUUAUGUUUGCAUUUGCUGAAUUGAAAUAUAAACCAAAUAUUUAUAUGGUGCUAUAUCCAAAUAUGCAAAUAACUAAAAUAUUACCUUCAAAUCAUAUCACAAAAUAUAUUGAUAUUAGAUUUACAGAUUCGGAAUAUAUUAUUGGUUUAACAGGUUAUCCUUUAUUUGCAAUUGCUAUUUGGAAUUACAGAAAAGGUAUUAUAAUGGGUGAAUAUCGCACUGAAAUUAUGAUUGAAAAACAAAAAUUAAUAUGUGGAUCAACUGGAAAUAUAUGUGCUCAAUAUUGUUCAAUUACCAGAGAAAUUAAUAUUUGGGAAAUAAAUUCGAUUAGUGAAAAAGUUUUCCUUAUUAAAAAGAAUAUAAAAUUAACAUCAAUUAAAAGUGAAAUUGAUAUUGAUUUAACAUUUGGUCUCGAUGGUAACUUAUAUUUAAUUGAUUCUGGUGGAAUAUUUUAUAUGAUUCAAGGUACAAACUGUAUUUUAAAAAAACUUUGGAUUUGGGACGACAAAAUUGAAUCAAAUGCUGAAGGUUCAUGGUUUAUUGAAACUCAUAAAGGUGGUUUCUUAAUAUUAAGCUAUAAUUCAGAAAAAUCUGGAUUGGAAGAAAUUGGUGAAAUUGGACCAUUUAUAAAACAAUUUGCUUUAAUUCAACCUUAUGCAAAAAAUGUUGCACUUUUACUUAAAUCAAACCAAAUAAGAAUUUCUGAUAUUGUUACUGGAACAGUUCUUUCAAAAAUACAAGUAAAUGAGGCGAUCUAUUUUAAAUCGUAUCCUACGUUACCAGUAUUAAUUGUUGGUCAUUCAGAUGUCAAGGAUAUUUUAAAUACAGAAGAUUAUAUGGUAACAUUUGAUUGUAGUAAAACAUUUUUUAUUAUCAAAGGGAAAAUUGGUGGUUCAUUAGAAGUUGUGAAAUUGUAUGGAAUUCAAAAUACAAUAAUGACAUGGGGACUUGAUGGAAUCGUGAGUUUCUAUGAUUUUAGUAAAAAAUCUUUGAAUUAUGCAUUUUCUGUACAAAACCGAAGAAAUGAAAUGGAUUAUAUAAUAUCUGCGCAAUGUACACCAAACCAAAAACACUGUUUCAUUCUAACAAAAAAAGGAACCCUUAAAUGUUUUACAACCAAAGAGAAAAUUCCUGAUUUUGUUAUAAAUAUUCAAUUAGAAAAUUAUUUCAUUAAUGCAACAACUUUCCCAUAUAAUAUGGAAUCGGGAAGAUCAUGGAUUGAAGAAAUGUCAUUUGAUAAAUUUGAGAAAGAAAAAAUAAAAUUUGCUAGCAAGAGAGAAAAAAUUAUGGAUGAUUUACAAAAAAUUAGAGAAAAAGUACAAGCUUUAGUUGAUGAAAAUGAAGCACUUGAAGAUCCAGAUGAUCGUGUUCCUCUGAGUAGCUUGAAUGUAGCUAAAGAAUAUGCUCAACGUAUUAUCGAUAAAGCAAAAAAGAAUCGUGAAGCUGAAGAUAAAAUAUUAAAAGAAUUUAUAGCACAUCAAAAUCGUAUUACAUCUCUUAUUCUUAGUCAAACAUGGAGUCAUAUGUUAAAGAAAAAUCAAAAAGUUUUUGAAAUUUCAUCAGAUAUUUGGUAUGCAUUUCUACCACCAUGGCAAAAAAAAAUUUAUGAUCCUGAAAAACGAAAAUCAAUAGAAAUUCUUCAAACUGACGUUAGUGAAUCAAUUGUUGGAUCACAAAAACAAAUAAUAGAAAGAAAUCAACAAUUUGCUCUUUCUGGGACUGCAACACAUAUUUUUAUUGAUCCUCAUCCAGCUCAAUAUCAUCAAUUCGAAACAACAACCUUUAAUCAAAUGUACAUUCAGGAGUUUUUGGUUGAGUUUGAUGUUAGAAAAUUAAAACAAAGCUUUAACAAAAUUUUUGAAAAAAUGAUUCAGACAAAAGAAGAUACCUUGAAAUACGUUAGAGAAAGAAAUGACCGCUUUAGAGUUAUUCAAACUGAACAGAAUGCUUUGGCUCUUUUAAGAGGUGCUGAUCCAAAUUUUACCCGAUAUAUUGAAGAUCCUGAAGUAGCACCAGAGGAAACUCCUGAAUCAGUAACGAAAGUUGAAGAAACAGAAAUUAAAGUAAAACCUUAUAUAUCUCCAACUGAACAACGAUUAAUGGAAGAACUGGCACAAAAAGAGGAAUUAAGACGUUUAGCUUUAUUAGCAGAUGAUUUUCGUGAAAGAGCAUUAACUGUAAUGAUGGAUGGUGUAUUGGAAAAACGUUGGGAAGAUGAAAUCAAAAAAGAUGUCCCAAAACCUCAAUGUUUACUUAAGGAUAAAGAUCCUAACGAUUAUACAAAAGAUGAUCAUAGAGCAUUAAAAGAAUAUGAAGAAAAAGUUGAAUUUAUUUGUUCAGAACGUGAACGUUAUCGAGUGAUGUUAGAUGAAGAAGACAAAAGACUGCAAAUAAUACAAGAUGAAAAUAUUUUAAAAUUUAAUCAGAAAUGUGGUGAAUUAUUUUUACAAAAAUUGCAAUACGAUGCAGCUGUUAAACAGGAAGAAUUGAAAUUAUUAAGAACAUCUUCCUUUAAUUAUCAACGAAUAAAAUUUAAACAAAAAGAAGUUACUUUAAUUAAUAAUUUGACUGAAAAACGAAAAAAAGUUGAUGAAUUAACAGCAGUUAUUGCAGAAAUUGAGAAAAAAUUUCAAGAGUAUCAACAAAAAUAUGAGCAAUUACAAAAUCGUGAUAAAGGAAUGGAAAAAGGUUUUAAGUCUCAGUAUGCCGAAAGUGCACCAGCUUUUGUUUUAGAUACAGCAUAUAAAUCAUUUAAACGUAGACCUAAAUGGCAACAAAAAGCUUCGGCAACAGCAACUAUUUACAAUGAAUUGGCAAAUAUCAUUAUAAGUAAAAGUUCAUUAAAAGAUACUUUUCCAUUACCUCCCGACUGUUAUGAGUACUUAAAUUUAUUGGAAAAUAAUGAUCAUUUUAGUCAAGCGCCCAGUAUAAUCGAUCAAAAAUUAUGGGAAAUAUUAUGCCGUUUAAGAAGAGCAAAAAUUGAUAGUGAAUUUAGAUUAAAAGCUCUUGGUUUGCAACUAGCAGAAAUAGAAGCCACUCUUAAUUUAUUUAUAAAAGAAGUUUCUACUACAAAAUCAAUGAAUUCUUCAUUGGAAAAGGAUUUGCGAGAUUUGAAUUUUGCUUAUCAAGAUUUUGUAAGAAACAGAACAGUUCAAAUUGUUAUGCCAAUGGGUCUGGUAGAAGUUCCAUUAACUGGCAAAAUGUCUGAUUUUCAAGGAAGUCUUUUAUUGAGUAGAGCUGAUAUUGACGACAUAAAUACUAUUAUUAAGAAAACUGGACAGAAAAAAUUAAAAACCAUGUACAGACUGGCUGUAUUCCGACGAAAAGUUUUAAUGAAAGAAUGGGAGCAUACUGCUUUACAGAUGUCAGUUCAAGAUUUAAAAGAUUUUCUUAAUGUGGUUGAACAUACAAAUGUUACAUUCGAAAUGAGACAAUGGUUAAGAGAAAAAUCUGAAAAUCGUCUUAUUGAAGUUACGAAUAGUUAUUUGAGACGAAAAGUUGAAGCUAAAUUACAAUACUUAAAUAGAUCUAUUAAGGAAAGCAAUGACAAAAUUGAUGAGUGUAUUACAAAAAUUAAAGAACAAAAAAUUGAAAAUUCUAAACUGGAUAGAGCUAUUAAACUAUUAAAUAUUGAUGUAACUGAAAAGAAUUUAAAUCGUGAUUUAGUUUUUGAGGAAAAACAAAUAAGAGAACAAAGAGAAAGAAUGGUUAUCUGUAUGGAACGAAGUAGAUUAAUUAGAAAAGUUCAAGCUGGUCAUUUGCAAAUAUUGGAAUUGGCAACAUUAUUAGAACUUCAAAAAUUAAAAACAUAUCCGACAUUAAAUCCUUUAAUGAAAAAUUUAUCUACUAUUUCAAAUACUCAAUAGAAUAUUUUUUAUAUUAAGAUAUUUUUAUAUUGAACCAA